AUGGUGAAUGGGUCGGGCAUGGGGUGUAAGUACUCCGAACACCAGAAAUCCACAUCGAACUCGAGUAAAGUGGAGACGGUGCUGGCAGCAUUGACAAGACUUGAUGAUGAGAUAGCUAAGAGCGAGAGGACUCAUCCUGCUGCCAGGCUUGCUGUAGUGGCUACUGAGCUGGAGAGCAUACAACAGGAAAUUAGGACAUUUGAAGAGAUCACUGCUACAGUAACUAAGGAUAACUAUGCCAAAACUAUCCAUCAGCUUUUCAUCAACUUAGAUCUCUACAGACGACCGAUGUUGGCAUCAGAAAAUGAAGAUUUCAUUGCUAAUGUUAAUAGAAAGGAAAUGCGUCGUCUGGAACUGAGCUGGCUGAGAGUUCGCUAUGCUGAGCUUGUGCGCGAACGCCGAGUUUUACAUGCCCAAAUAUUGCGUUCGCGCUCUUUGUAUGCACAACUACAGCAUUUGUUGGACUCCAUAUGGGGCAAUGGUAGUCGUCCGGGGACAGCUCAAGAGAGCGAGCUGACGAAGGCACUGGGUCUACGCGACGCUCUCGCCACGGUGUCGGCUCGACUCCGCGCUGCUGCCGAGUAUGCGCACGCGGCGGUCAGGGUGCUGGACGAUGCAAUGCCGGCAUGGAAGCUCACUACUGUUAGCAAAAGCGGAUGGGAGCGUACAUCAGCUUGCGCGGACGCGUGCUCGCGACUGGUGGCGGCGCGCUGUGCCGAGCGAGGUGCCCGCCGAGUUCUGGCCGCCCCGGCCGCGCCUCGAGCCGCGCGGUCCUUGAGACUAGCACUCGACUACGCCUUCACUGACGCUGUGCAUGACCACAAGUACCAGAGAGCUACAGAAAUCUUUUUCCAGUUCAAAGACGCCCUUGUGUUGUUAAUCGACUCAAUUCAUCAGGUGUUACUCAACAACCUGGAGAAUUUGACAGCCGCUGAGAAAGACGUAGCUAAUUGCAGGAAAGAGCUGCGAUCUGCCAGGGUCAACGAUAUUGUGAAGCGAGGACUAGCUGAACUCAAGUAUGAGCCCAAAGCGCUCACUAAUUUGAAUGUCGCUAUGAAGUGAUGGAUUAUAACAAUGAUAUGCUACGACUUUAUAGAUAUUAAAUAU